GUUUUAAGCCGCAAGCCUGGCACGAAUGAAGCCACAGACCGUGACGACGACAUGUUCGCCCUCACUGCAUCGAAUGCUCCAACUACCACAGAUUCGCCAGGAUCUUCUAAAAAGCCCAAGGAGAAGUACCUCGCCUUGGGUGAUAUAGAAGGGCAAGAAUUUGGUGCUGGUGAUGAUGGGAGUGGCCUAGAGUCGCUCACGGAUGAUGACGAAUUUGAAGAUGAAGACACGCGGGAGCGUAAAGCAAAAGAAGGGAUGGGUUACGAAAUUUCCUCCUUCAACAUGAAGGCCGAAAUGGAAGAGGGAAAAUUCGCCGAAGAUGGGACAUAUCAUCGUUCAUUCGACCCUCAUGGUUUACAUGACAAAUGGAUGGAAGGUAUUGACGAGAGAGAGAUGCGCAAAGCCCGACGCGUGAAGAAGAAGAUGGAAGAACGCGAACGAUCCCUGCAGCAAAAUAAUGCAGCAAAUAGCGCAGAGGAGGUGUCCAAGGAGCUAGUUUGUCUGUUAGAAAAGGGCGAAACCGUUCUCGAAGCGCUACAACGGAUUGGGAGGGACAGCAAACACAAACAAUCAUCAAGCCCAAACCGCCUCCGAAAGAGGCGCACCUCCAUUUCUCAAGUGGAUGCCCCGCACCUCGACGCCACGUCCCCUCCCACCCAAUUCCCUCCGGCUGACCAGUCACCCAUUGAGUUGGUGACAUCCCUCGCUUCAACCCUCAUGUCCCUCGGAAAUUUGGACGUAUACGAAGAAACCUAUGAAUCCCUCCUCCGUACAGUGCGACGUUCAGGUAUAGUCCCGCGAGAUUGGGAACCUCCCAAACCGCCUGAACCGGAAUUCGAGUAUCGUUGGUCUCCAUCCUAUCUCGCUAGUACAGGUGCACCGUCUUCCUCAGCGACCUACGGACCGUUCAGCAAGGCAGAGAUCUUGGCAUGGCGUAGCGCGUCAUAUUUUGGAGAGUCUGGGGAGCGUAUUCAAUUGCGAAAAGCGGGAGAAAUGGAUUGGGGAGGGUGGGAUGUGAUUCCCAUAUAAAUUCCUGAUUCUCCUUGGCUUUCGUUCUCGCACCUUGAUUGUGACCCUUCACCUUUCAUGGCUGGCCAUGCAUCAGCCCGGUCCCUUUACCCAACUGUUUGUACCUUUUGCGAUACCGCCCGAAUCAGACUAGGGCUCCCGCGUUCUUGUAUAUCUCGCUAAUAUCCUGGCCGA